CUUAUUAUGAUUGUCAUCUUAUAUAUUUAAAUAUGUACACUGUACUAUUACAAUACACCGCGGUAAUACAUUGAUAGACUGAAAAGUGUGUGAUAUCACGGACGCAAGGCGCGGGAAGAAAUGCUUGACGUCGACGAGUUUAAAUCCAAUACUCAAAGUUUAGUUGGAUAGUUUACCUCCGCUACUGGGGAUCACUCAGUGCGGCUCGUGAUUUCAAGCCGCCAACAUCGCGACCGAGACAUUUAUCAUUUAUCAUAGUUUUAUUUAUUAUUUUUUUUAUCCAAGUGCUUCAAUUUUUAUUACUCAUUGUUUUUACUGAACUUUCGCCAUCAUGAGCUAUUUCCUGGCGCUCCUUAUCGCGAAUUUCGUGAUAGCCGUAAGCGCGAUUCCAAAUUACUCGGGACUUCCCCCGGGACCUUACUGCGCCGGUAGGUACAACAACGGAAGGUGUUGUCCGGGAAGACAUGAUGACUGCAGUGCGCCUAUUUUGAAGACUACAUGCUACUGCGAUGAAUUCUGUAAUCGAACUCGCGAGGAAGACUGUUGUCCUGAUUACUGGUCACAUUGUCGAGGGAUCACUUUACCGACAAUUGAUGAUGAUUAUCAAGAAAUUAGACAAUGUUUUUUCAAAGGAAAAUAUUAUCAACAUGGUGACACAUUUAAAAUAAAUUGCAAUGUUUGUAAAUGUUCAUCACUGGGCAAACGUGCAGAUGUGCUCUGCGAAGAAAACCGAUGUCUGAUGGAACAAGAUUUGCUGAGCACUCUUUACCUUGAAACCGAGAGACUAGGCUGGACUGCGACUAAUUAUUCAGAGCUUUGGGGCCGUACUCUUGAAGAUGGAAUCCAAAAUAAAUUAGGAACUUUGAAUCCUGCUAAAUCGAUCCAUAACAUGAUUCCCGUGAAAAGGAUCUACAACCCCGAAUCUCUGCCCCGUGAAUUCGACUCACGGUCCCGGUGGCCCAGAGACAUCGGGGGUGUAAAAGACCAAGGCUGGUGUGGAGCUUCCUGGGCCAUUUCUACAGCAGAUGUUGCUUCGGAUCGGUUUGCUUUGAUGAGCAAAGGCUCUGAAGACAUUGACCUCAGUCCCCAGCAUCUAAUUUCGUGCAAUAUUCGUGGCCAGCAAGGAUGCAGAGGCGGAUACCUUGACCGCGCAUGGCACUUCGUCAGAAAAUUUGGUCUUGUGGACGAAGAAUGCUAUCCAUGGGUGGGGCGUGAAGACAAGUGCAAAUUGCGCAGAAAAACGACCUUGAGGCAUGCUGGGUGUCGGACUCCGAGAAAUUCAUUGAGGACUGAUCUAUAUAAAGUUGGCCCAGCUUAUAAACUUGGCAAUGAAACUGAUAUUAUGCAAGAAAUCUUAACAUCUGGUCCCGUACAAGCAACAAUGCGAAUACACCAAGAUUUCUUCACCUACCAAAGAGGUAUUUACAAGCACUCAAACUUAGACAAUAAUUAUCCUUCUGGUUACCAUUCGGUUAGAAUAUUAGGAUGGGGUGAAGAACUCGUUGGAAAUUACCAACCAACUAAAUAUUGGCUCGUUGCCAAUUCCUGGGGAACAAAUUGGGGCGAAAACGGACUCUUCAGAAUUGUAAAAGGAACGAACGAAUGUGAAAUAGAAACCUAUGUCCUGGGUAUAUGGGCAAAAACAAUGUAGCCAAAGUAACUUAACCUAAUGUAAUAAAUAAUAUUAAUUAAUUAAUUAAUUAAAAAUAUAAUAUAAAAGAGAAAUAUGUAUAAUAUAAAAGUAAUGAAAGCAUUUAAUGAAUCUCUUGUUAAAUUGAUCAUUAAUUAUUAUUCAUAAAAAAAAAAAUAUGAAUAAUAAUUAAAGCUCGUCAAUUAAAAAAAAGAGAUGUGUGAUUGUGUAUCGCGUGUAUUUUAUAAAACGUGUGUUAAUUAUUUAUGUAGAUCACUGAUUGUAUGUAUCAUAAAUGUAUUAACUAAUAAUUAAACCGAGAUCUAAUAAAUUUAUAAUUUGUUA